GCCGCUUCUUAACGCGCCUGGCGGGGCGGCGGGAGCGGCGAGCGCCGGAGGGACCGCGACUGUCGCGACAUGAGCGAGAGACAAGGAACCGGAGCUACAAAUGGAAAAGACAAGACAUCUGGUGAGAAUGAUGGGCAAAAGAAGGUCCAAGAGGAAUUUGACAUAGACAUGGAUGCUCCAGAGACAGAGCGGGCGGCCGUGGCGAUACAGUCCCAGUUCAGAAAAUUCCAGAAGAAAAAAGCGGGGUCCCAGUCCUAGUAGCUACCUCACAGCGUGAAAACAAAGCAACCCCGAAAUGAUUUAUCAAGAAAACCAGAAAUAACACAAAGAUGCAUGUACAGAAAAUGAUCGAUAUUUAAAACCCCCGUCGGCAGAUAACGACCCAUGAGCUUGUGUGUGACUUCAUCCCAGGUGUUUCACGCCCAUUUUCCCCUCUGUAACUCACCAUUUUACUCGAUGUUGUAAUAAAAAAAGUUAGGGUGAAGUAAUUAAAGCGUCUGCCUUCAUCUGUCUUUUCAUAUUAAUCCAGCAAGUGCAGCGUUACAAAUGAGCCCGGCCCAGAUGCCUCUUUCCCUCCUCACGUAAAGCUCGGAGACGUGAGAGCGCCGUAUGUUGCAGGGUUUGUGCUGAGGGAUGAGAGCGCUGCUUACCUCAUUUGGAGAACUCCAGCUGCCAGCCAAAUGUGACAAUAAAAUUACUUUCUCCUAAUGAGCUGGAAGCAAAAAGUUGCAGGCAGAAGCUGGCGCGAGGGGAGGGGGCGUAGGAAGCAGUGAGCACUUUAUUGUUGUCUUGCAGUUAUGUCAAUAAAAGGGGUUUUAAGUGGGGAGAUUGUCCCUGUCCUUCCUCUUUGCAUGAUGACAUUCAGAGUUACCCAGCUUGGACCACGUUGACUGUUACGGAAAAAAAUUAAUAAACCGAACACAAAACACCUUUGGAA